GCCAGUUCGCGUUCCUAUUUAGGUCUUUUUAAAGAGCACCAGACGUAACUCUAAGCGUUACUUUUGAAGUCAUGGCACUCCGUCGGCUCCUUCAGAGGAGUUCAAUCAACCAUAUCUCAAGCAGGGUUCUCCCAUCUUGCAUCCAUUCUUUCUGUGCUGCUGCGUCUCCCAGCGAACCGAUCCGAGCUACUCUCUUUCCAGGCGAUGGGAUUGGACCUGAGAUCGCGGAGUCUGUCAAGCAGGUUUUCAAUGCAGCAGGAGUGCCUAUAGAAUGGGAAGAACAUUUUGUGGGUGACAAAGUGGACCCUAGAACAGAGAGCCUUCUAACAUGGGAAAGUCUGGAGUCAGUGAGGAGAAAUGGUGUGGGCUUGAAGGGUCCUAUGGCUACACCUAUUGGAAAGGGCCACAGGUCUUUGAACCUUACUCUGAGGAAAGAACUAGGUCUAUAUGCCAAUGUCAGACCUUGUUACAGCCUUCCGGGUUACAAAACUCGAUAUGACGGUGUAAAUCUUGUUACAAUUCGUGAAAAUACGGAAGGGGAGUACAGUGGUCUUGAACACCAGGUGGUGAGAGGUGUUGUAGAAAGUCUUAAGAUCAUCACCAGGCAGGCAAGUUUAAGGGUGGCAGAAUAUGCUUUUCAUUAUGCAAAGACUAAUGGCCGACAAAGGGUGUCCGCUAUACACAAAGCCAACAUCAUGAGGAAAACUGAUGGCUUAUUUCUUAAGUGUUGUCGUGAGGUUGCUGAGAAGUACCCUGAGAUUACUUAUGAGGAAGUCAUCAUUGACAAUUGCUGUAUGAUGCUUGUUAAAAAUCCAACUCUAUUUGAUGUAUUGGUGAUGCCCAAUCUCUAUGGAGAUAUAAUCAGUGACCUCUGUGCUGGUUUGAUUGGGGGCUUGGGCUUAACUCCCAGCUGCAACAUUGGUGAAGGUGGCAUUGCUCUGGCAGAAGCUGUACAUGGUUCAGCCCCUGAUAUAGCUGGCAAGAAUCUUGCAAAUCCCACGGCUCUCUUGCUGAGCUCUGUUAUGAUGCUACGCCACUUGAAGCUCAGUGAUAAAGCUGAUCGGAUCCAUAAUGCCAUACUUAGCACCAUUGCAGAAGGGAAUUACCGGACUGUUGAUCUUGGUGGCACCUCAUCGACAACUGACUUCACAAAAGCAGUCUGCGAUCAUCUCUAAAAAUUUUCAACUUACAUAGGAGAGUUUUGUUGGAGGCAAGUAUUUCCCGGCACCUCUAUUGUUUUAUUUUCUGGUUUUAUUUUCUGGGCACACUGGAUGAGAAAGGAAAUAAUGCUCUAAGAUUUUUUUUCCUCUUUGGUUUGUAUUUUGUAUGUUCUGAUUUGCAUUCAUUUGUUUAAACUUUUGGAUAUAUUGGUUUUGUUCAUUCUUGGCAUUUAAUGCAAGGAGAAUAAUUCGCAGCA